AUGGAGCGUCGUAAGAACCAAGGAAAUCCAAAUCUUGUUUAUAUGAAAGCCGAAAACUCAAAAGUUGUUCCUACAACAAUAUGCAAUUAUUCUCAAUGCGAGUUCGUUGGCAAUAACGAUGGCUACAUUAAAUACUCAAAUUUCGGAGAUAAUACAACAUUUAUUUAUAAACUCGAAUUUGCAGAGAAUACAACUACAGAUAUCUGCAACAGAAAGAUAAUUCCUAUUGUUAACGUGAAUAGCAUGGAAGAUAGGUUCUUCAAACCUCUCAGACACGAAUUAGAUUGUUCUAAGCCUGCAUCACCAGAUCACUCUUACUAUAACUUCUACUACGCUACAGGAAUACUCAUAGUAUUAUGCGCUGUAUGCUUAUUUGCUGUUUACAAAGGUUGGUGCGCAAAAUUAUCUUAUAAAGUAUUUGGAGGCAACAAUGGAGAGCCAACUAUUCAGAAUAUCGACGAAGAUCUCGUUGAUGAUAUUGCUAUCGAUGAUGCCGAAGAAGACGCCUAA